GUCAAAGCAGACACAACAUGCAAUGUCAAAACAUAGAAUUUUUAAUAUAAUGCUAGCCUUUUUAGUUUUGAUAAUAUUAGUUUUUACGAAUGAAGUUAUCGGGGAUAUAUUGGUGGCUAAUGGUACUUACGAUGACUACUACCCAGUGUGCCCCGUCAGCUUGAUUCGCAGAAAAAGAGCACACACAGAAUAUACACGAUGGAGAGAGAAUCUAGAAACCACACCAGAAUUUUUAGUUAAAGUUUUAGAUGAGGACUUAGCAACUCCAAAUACGAGGCCUGUAGUUGCGGUUAAUAUUCAGCCAAUAACCAGAGGGGGUGAGAAAAUAAUAGUCGGUGGAGUAAUAGUUCCACCACUAACAAGUACUCAAAUAAUUCCAGAAGGAUAUCGUGAUUAUACACGUUUUGUUCCUCCUACAACAAUUCCUGUAUCAAAAUUAGGGGUAGAUUUAUAUCUCGCCCCACAAACACCAGCUAUUGACGACAUUCCCCCUAUAAAACCAAACAUGCAAAUUGCUGCUGGUCGUCAUUCACAACGCGAUGAGAGUCCUCCGGCAAGUCCUCAAUUUUUAUCGCGACCUACUUCUGCUUUAUAUGCACGACAAUAUGCUCCCAUAGCUCAGGUAGCAUUUACAAAGCGAUCUUCUGCUUUUGUGGAACAAAAACCAACAUUCCCGUAUACCCUUCAAAGAACGGUAGAAAUUGCCACUGAUGUUUCUCCCCCGACGCGAACAUCAGAACUUCCAGAAAUUAUAUGGCCGCAAAGAACUCGAUCCAUUUUUGAUGAGUUUACUGAUAUUCAAAAUUUGGUAUAUGAUGACAUAACCGAUAUGAUUCCUACAAAAACGUCUUCCAAUAUUAUGUUUAACCCACUCAGAACAUCUACUAUUAAAAUGGAUAUAGAUGAAGAACCUCCAACACCGAGUCAAAGGGGGCAAAUUUAUGAAAAUGGUAAAUAUGACGAAGAGAACAAAAUUUUUGUAGAAAAUGAAAAGUUUAAUAUGAAUAGUAAAAAGUUUGAAGAUGAAAACCGAGAAUAUAUAAAAGAAUAUAAAAAAGGAUUGGUUGAUCAAAAUAGUAUAUUAUACGAAGAAGGAAAUAAAAAAUUACAUGAAAAAAAUGACAAAGAUAGUGACAGUAUGUAUAGCAUGAUGUUUUACGGAGAUGAAGAAAAUUAUAGUAACAAAAAAGAUGAUUAUGAAGAUAAGCUUAAAACAAGCGUAGAAUUUCAAUUUACAACUGCAAAGAACUUGGAAGAGUAUGAUAUACUAGCAUUUAGGCAGAAUGCACCUGAAUCAGUUACAGAUUCCGAAUCGGAGGAUGAAUUUAAAAAUAAUAUUACAAAAAAGAAACCCAGUAAAAGAGUUUUUGGGGCAGACGCUGAACUUAUGACAGUAUACCCGAAAGAAAAAAAUAAAAACGCAUCGAAACCAGUUUGUAGUCUAACUAAACUCAGGCAUUUGAAUUUUAAUUCUCCACGUACACUAGCGGAGAUAACAUACCAAUUGAAUCAAUGGGCUGAAAAAAGUCCCCUUGUAAAAUUGGAAGAUAUAACAAAUGGAAAUCUCACUACAAUGGAUAAUCCCAUUUAUUUGAUGUCAGUGGAUGACCCAAGUAGCGGUCAGAUAGUUUCAGCAAAGCAAACUGUGAUGAUAGUGGCCGGUAUACAAGGGCGUGAUCAUCAUGCCGUGGCUGCUGCAAUGUAUGUUUUGUAUCAACUUAUUGAGCGCACCGAGACACACACAGACUUACUAACGAAAUAUCGUUUUUGGAUCAUCCCUGUCUUUAAUCCUGAUGGCUACGAUUAUUCCAUGACGUUUCCACACCGCCGAGAGUGGACAAAGAAUUUGCGUCAAAACUGGGAAGUAUGCAAGAACCGGGAAUCGUGUUCUUACUGUGAGCUGUACGGACUGCGAUGCACUGUACAACCGUGUUACGGGGUCAACUUGGACAGGAAUUUUGAGUACCAGUGGAUUCCUGCGGAGGCGUUACGCGCUGAACAUCCUUGCGGGUCACUACACGCAGGCGCACGGCAGUUGAGUGAGGCGGAAACGCGAGCGCUCACGCUGUUCUUGCAUUCAAAGCGAAUGCUCCUCGUUAACUUUAUUGCCUUCAAGGAGGGCGAAGUACUCGGAGUGAUGUACCCAUACUCGCAUACAAGAAAGUUGCGGGCUUUUGAUCAAGUUUACAGGCAGCGAGCGUCGCGGGCCGCAUCCGCCGCGUACAGUAUCAGCGGCCGACCCUACGUUGCGGGACAAACUUCCGAAUUCUUACCUCUAUAUGCAGGUGGCAUCGAAGAUUGGGUGGAUGGUCACCUAGGAAUAGACAACACAUACACUAUUAUGAUGUUUCGGCCUACAGACUCUUACAACACCAAACUUAUUACUGAGCGCGUCGUGCAUGAAGCUUAUGCAGCCAUGGAUACUUUACUGCUGCAAAGUGUGACGCCUCCGCUGUCACCGCCGUCAACUCUGAAGAGAGCUAACGCAUCGUCGCAGAUGUAUUCAACGCAGUUGUUUACUAUCACAUUUGCUAUAGCCUUACACUACAGAUUAACUGUUACUAAAUAAGAUUGUGUUAGAUGAUGUUGUUUAUAAGCAUCGAAUUGGAAAGUCGUCGUGGAGGUUUUGAUUUAGAAUUUUGACCGAACAUGCGAUUAAAGUAUUAAUGAAGGUUUAAUGAAAAUGAAUUAAGAUAUUCGAUCGUUGUGUAUUGUUAUCUUUGGCAUUCCAUAUUAGUCAGUCGCUUUGUUUGUAAAAAUACUGAAUUACUAUUUAUUGCUACUUCAGUCUUACACGUUGUUUUUUUUUGGAAAGUUCUUUAUGACAAUGAUAUUAUCACAGUAGGUAUUUAAAACUCAUUUGAACUUUUACGAGCUCUUGUGAUUUCCAUAUUUUGUUUUUGUUAAAUACUACACUUUUUGUACCUUACUUAUCUUAACUAUUGUAAUUAUGAAUACAAUUUUAAUCUUUA